AUGAAAGAAGAUCGUUAAAGAAAAUGGCGCGACAUGGGGAGAAAAAACAACACAAAAUGCCCCGAAAUACUCCACCUCCCCCGACAAUCUACGCCUGGAGAACUAUUUAGAUAUUGAACCACCAAGCCGGGGCAAAUUUUCGGUGAUUUGGUGAAUUUCAAGAGAGAAACCGCCUUGAUCAUUUUGGAGGACAUGAUAAACGUGUGGUGAGGUUCAUUGUCUGAUUGUUGGCUGAGUGCUGUGUGUUGCUGAAUUCCUGAACCCUCGUGACUGUGUGAAUUGGAACUCUAUCUCCACCAGGAAAAUGCAACAAAAAUGCUUUAAAUCUGGGACAAAUCAAAGGUAUGACAUCGAAUGCAAGGUUACAGUUUGGUUCUCAGAUCAGUGCAUUUUACUCCAUCAAGAAAUCCGUUGUGGAGAAUACAAAUAAUCUCAACAACAAUGACGUGAUCCUGACCAAUCCACACACUGGUUUGUCUACUAGUACACUGUGUACCGUACCAUUAACCCAUUCCAUUGUCCCUAAUGGAGUCAACUAUACGUUGGUAAAUAACAACAACGCCAGUAGAACACAGAACGUCAUCAGGGCAUCCACUAUUAAGUUAUUGGAUACCUAUCAGAAGUGCAGAAUGAAGAGGAAAAGUGACGAGCAGUUGGAUAACCACCACGGCCAUGAGCAGAAACAAACAAGACAACAACAUGUUAAUACCAGUAAGAAUAACAGUAACAAAGUGAAGUCAACAACAUCUAAGAGUUCGUCAGGAGGAGAGGGCGAUUAUCAGUUAGUUCAACAUGAGGUCCUCUGCUCCUUGACCAACCGCUAUGAAGUCUUGGAGUUUCUCGGCCGAGGUACAUUUGGUCAAGUCGUCAAAUGUUGGAAGCGCGGUACUAAUGAGAUUGUAGCGAUUAAGAUUCUAAAGAACCACCCAUCCUAUGCACGGCAAGGACAGAUAGAAGUUAGUAUUCUCUCCAGAUUAAGUGCAGAGAACGCUGAUGAGUUCAACUUUGUCCGUGCUUAUGAGUGUUUCCAACAUAAGAAUCAUACAUGUUUAGUUUUCGAGCUUCUUGAACAGAACCUGUAUGACUUCUUGAAACAGAGUAAGUUUCGACCGCUCCCUUUGAAGCAUAUCCGUCCUGUACUACAACAAGUUCUGGUAGCAUUACUGAAGUUAAAGACGCUAGGAUUGAUCCAUGCUGAUUUGAAACCAGAGAAUAUAAUGCUGUUAGAUCCAGCAAGACAACCAUACAGAGUUAAAGUCAUUGAUUUUGGUUCUGCAAGUCAUGUAUCGAAAGCUGUUUGUUCUACCUACCUACAAAGCAGAUAUUACAGAGCUCCAGAGAUUAUUCUUGGUCUACCAUUCUGUGAAGCUAUUGAUAUGUGGUCAUUGGGAUGCGUUGUGGCAGAAUUGUUCUUAGGUUGGCCAUUAUACCCUGGAGCAUCGGAAUAUGAUCAGAUUCGCUACAUUACACAAACCCAGGGCCUACCAGCUGAGAAUCUUCUGAGUUCUGCAACUAAAACAUCUCGAUUCUUCAAGAGAGAUCAUGAUACAAACUUCCCUCUCUGGAGGAUUAAGGAAACCAAUGAGCAUGAAUCUGAAACUGGCACUAAAGCAAAGGAAGCAAGGAAGUACAUGUUCAACUGUCUGGAUGAUAUUGCUGCCGUUAAUUUCCCAUCUGAUCUUGAAGGAACGGAAUUACUAGCUGAAAAGGCUGAUAGACGUGAAUUUGUGGACCUAUUGAAGAAGAUGUUGACGAUUGAUCCUGAUAAGAGAAUCACACCAUUAGAGGCAAUCAAUCAUGCGUUUGUAACACUCGGACAUCUUGCUGAGUAUGCUCACUGCAGAAAUGUGAAGUCGAGUGUUCGUAGCAUGGAAGUUUGUAAGAGACCAGGUCAGAUCUAUGAUGCUAAUACAUCGGGUAUUCCAGCCAGCUUCGCUGGUGUGAUGCCAGUAACAUCUAGUGCAGGCAAUUUGAAUAUUGCGUUCAAUAAUCAGCUUAAUGCUGCUCUGCAGAAUCAGGGUACAUCUCAGACAAUUACAACGUCUGUAAGACCUCAAGGAAAUGAGUUCCCAUUUCUUCAAUAUCAUCUUCAGUCUGGUCCUUACAUUCCGUAUCAGCCACCACAAAUUGCACAGAGAGUAUCACAAAAUGUACAGCAGCAACAAGGAGGGAGUCAGUACCCCAGACCAGAUCCAUUUCAACAGUCAUUACAGAUGUACCCUUUGAGAGUUGAGAAUAGUGUUCCCAUAGUAACACAAACUCCACAACAUCAGUCACUAACAAUACAACAUCAAGUGUUUACACAGAACUCUGGUUUGAAUGGUCAUCACAACGGAUCAGUAGUCGUUGGUCAGCAUCAUCAAGCCGGUGGUCCUACUCACUCUUUACAGCCCAUUGCAUUACCAAUGUCAAUGAAUAAUGGAACAGCACAACCAGGAUGGCCUGGACCAGCUGGAGUCGCUCAGAAUCAAACUGUUCUACUCAGGAAUGGUCCUGUCCAAUCAUGGCCCUCCAGUGGGCAGAUGUUUCUAUCACCAUGGCAACAAGGGGCAACCGCUAUAGCACAACAGCCUGUCAUUCCGGAGACACAACCUCUUGCAGAAACUUGGAGACGGCAGUAUGUGCCAGCAGCAGCAAUGUCAUGGAGACCGUCUGACGAUCCUACCUUCAUAUCAGCCGAACCAAGUCCUGCUAUGUUUCAUAUGGAUGUAGAAGGCAUUUAUGAUCAUGUUGUUGAGAGGUCACAAUAUGGAGGUCAUUUCCAUCCUAUAAUGCCCUUGACUCCCCAGCAUGCUUUGCAACAAUCCCAGUGGAGUUCUAAUCUACCGCAAUCCACAGCGAGGAGCUCACAUACAAGAUUGGCUCGCAAGCAAGGAGGGCAGAAGACACAUACUGCAGCAUUUAGCAGCAGUUUAUCCCCUCAGAAGUCAAAGCGAGUCCGAGGUAGUUCCCCUCCUUCAACUAUCACCCAACCUCCAACUACAUCAACUAAAGCCUCAACAACCCAAGAAAGUACAAGGUUCAAUCGCAGUACUAAACAGGAGGCUGCUAACCUCAAGACAGAUGAUUCUUAUUCUGCUAAGCGUGAACCGAUAGUAAUACCAGACUCUCCUAGUCCGGUACCUAGUGUUAUUACAAUAAGUAGCGAUAGUGAAGAUGAACCAGAGAAGCUGACUAAAGGAUGUGAAGAUAAGAUGUGUAAAGCCUGCAAUGAUAACACUAUCACACACUCCUGCUCUUUAAGUAGCACCAAUAGCAUCUUAAGUCCAUCUCCUCAGCAACCUCAUCCCUACGCCUCCUCUUCCUCAUCAUCAUGUGAUUCAUCACUCGGAGUCUCGCCACUCAAGAUAGACUUGGAGAAGCUACAGAGACAGAACGUGGUGAGCUGUGUGACUAUUGGAGACACACCGGACGGGAGCCCCCAUCCGGCGUCUACUAAUGGUAAUACAGAGACAGGGUAUGGUAGAAAGAAUCUAUAUCAUAGAGAUAUGUCAGAGGGUUUAAGUAGUAGAAAGGAACCUCAAGUUAUUGUAAACAUACCUGAAAGUGGGACUGUUAGGUUUCAAGAACGAGUAAAGAAAGAAGUACACAGUGACAGUCAAGAAGAAGUCUUACAUCCAUUAAGGAAAGCUCAAGGUAGAGAUUUAGUCUCGGCUUUAAAGAAAGAACGACCGGCUCAUCAUUGUUCAGAUUCAGCUAUUGCUUUUAUUAAUCUUCCUCCCCUGGAAGUUGAUGCGUUACCCAUAAUGCAACCACAGAAGAGUUGUAAUAAGAAUGUCGGUGGUACGACUCUUCCAGCGUUACAUCGAAGCCCAGCACACCAUCGCCAACGACCGAGUACCUUGACAUUAUCAGCGCAGCAACAAUCAUCAAGAGGUCAAAGGUCAACAAGGGCUGAGCCAAUGACAUCACAGGUACAGAGGUCACAGCAUGAGAGAGUUGAUUUACAUGGUGGUAUCCCUGUCUAUACAUCACCUACAGUAACCCUUCCACCGUAUUUCCAACAGCAUAGUAGUCCCAGUCAUAAACCUAAGACGACUCAAUCCCAUCAUGUUGGUACGGCUCAAUCUAACGGUCAAUAUAUCUACUCUUAUGGCUCUACACCAGGGAUUAAUUCCCCAGUGACUACGACUCUCCCACCCCCAGGCCCACACAUUCAUUAUAAAUCUUCCUUACCGUCUCAUAUUCCACAUCAAGCUGUUCUUCAUUCACCAACCAUCCCAUCAGCUUCAACCACCUACCACCCUGCUGGUAUGGCCCCGCCCCCUGCUCAUUACCACCCUCAGUACAACAGACCUGUCUACCUACGCUCACCAUCCGGUAACAUUUACAGUACGUAUCCCUUAAGCCCAACCAAGACACAUCCGUACCAGUACUUGUACCAAGGGUUCUCUGCCGAUUGACUUGUUGCCUUGCGAGACAAAUUUGCUCAACUCCAUAUGUAGGAAUGUCCUCUCAGUGUUGAGGGCGUAAAAUGGACUGAUAGACGCAAAAACGGGUGAUAUGCAAACUAUGCAUUAAUGUAAAUCAACUUCGUAUACAUUAUGAAUUUCCCUAAUAGUCUUUAAAGGCAAUUACUGGUCAGUGUGUCAUGGUAAAAGGGUCUUUAAAAACCAAUCAAUUAAAGGGUGAAGCAGGUGUAGCUAUAAUUAGUUGAUAUUGGAGUUUAAACAAAGUCAUUCUUACUUGGGUGACAUGAUAUGAAUGGGUUUACAUAAUUUUCAUGUCAUUAUUUAAUGAUAUGAGAAAUAUUGACACACGAGGAAGAUUCUUAAAUACUAUGUUCGUGUCCCGUGUAAAUCUGCAAUACUUUUUAUGACAAAUAAAGAGGCAUGAUACAAAAUCACUAAAAGCAGUCAAAUCUGCCACAUUUUGUUCAUAUUUUAAGUUGAGGGAGUUUGCUUCGCAGUUUUCCCAAUAAAUUGAUUGGGAAAAUGCAUGUUGUGUCCGAUAUGCAAUUGUGUGCAUAAUUUUUUAUAAUGGCUACAGUGGAUACCGUUUUGUGUGAAGUAAAAAUCAGUCCAAUGUUAAGGAUGGAAACCAUGUACAGUGUUUCUAGUAGAUAGUUUAUUGAUGGUUGAUGUUUUUAUGGAUUCUAUGAGAUGUAUUUCCACAGAGGAAUAAUAUCUUAUUGUUUGAAGAACAGAAAUUUGAAGACAGAAAGAUUUGCUAACUGUUUGUCAUCUUAGGGUAUGUUGUACCUAGACUUUAACUUUACUGCAUGCGGUGUAUUUUUUAGUUGUUGUCUGAGCUUUUUGAUUAUGAAUUUGAUGUGUUUGAUGUACACAAGGUUAAUUCACAUUAGCAUUGAAGACUUUGUUUCCAUUUUAAAUGUUUCAUAUUUAAACAGUAUAUAAAGGUUGUGUGCAUUGGACAAGUUAUUGUUUAAACUUGUUUUAUUGGUACAAUUUGGUGUUGCAUGUUUGAAUUUAUAAUAAUCCAAGAACGAUACUGUGCCCGUGUAGUCCAUAGUAGAUUUUAAAAUUGUAGUUGCUUUGAUUUUAAUCCUGUUUUAUGACUGAUAUUUUAGUUCCAUGUGAGCAUUAUACACAUGGUGAUUGUACUUGUAUCUUAUUGUCAAUACGUAUCGAUACCAAUUGAUUUUUUGUAAAGUUCUAUCGUAACCACCCCAGUUGUAAUUAUACUUGACUUGUAGAGAAUGGAAUAAUGUACAGUAUAUAAGUACUGGUAUUUUGGGGACCAGUUGUUAUAAACUACUUCCCCUUGUGUAAUAAUAUCAGAUGUAGAAUUAACCAAUGAAUAGAGAAUUGAUACAAAGACAAAUACUUGUAGAUCUUGCUAAGUAAAUUUAUCCAGUGGUAACACUAGAGCAUUGUACAUUUGUAGAUGAAAAAAAUACUAUUUUUAUGACAAAGGGAUUGAUAAUGGUAUAAUUGCAAUGAAUAGUUUGUGGUUUGAGGUGGGUUGCCUUUAAGCGCUGUGUGUUUAGCUAAAUUUAGAUUUGUCAUUUUGUCCAGCAAUGUGUGCUGAAUGUUUGUGAUCUCCCUUUUGGAGUGAUGCAACUAUUUGAGUUUAGUGUAAAAUAUGUCAUAGUGUGCCGAACCUUUAUGCUUCAAUCCUCAAUGGACUGCAAAUCACAAUAACAUUGACUUAACAACUCAAUGUUUCCAUCAGUAUGCUCUGAUGGUCUUCAAGUGAGUCGCUAACCACCAAUUCUUUUCAGAAUCAACAAUCCUUAAAAUAGAUAGUUCACUAGAUAGUAAAAAGUUUCAGAUGCUACGGAGAGCAAAGUGGUUUUGGAUUGAAGUAUGCAAGAUUUGUUCUAAUAAUAGACUAACUGUAGCCAGUGAGUACAAUGUACGGCACCCAAACUCAGUAGUGCAGUGAUACAUUGAAGUACAUAGCUUUAUUAAUGUUAACAAGUAAAUUCUAAAGCUGUGAUCGUAAAAAGUUAAUAAGAUUGGUUGUAUAGAGAUGGACUAUUUUUGCUAGACACUUUGAUGUUUUUUGCUGUCUCUUCUAGAUUUGGAAAUGACAGAAACUUACUUGGUUUACGACUCUCAGUGUCUUUCCCGCCAUGGCUGCUGCAUUGAUUCAAAGUGAGGCAUAGGUCAAAUCAGUUGUGGCUGAUCUAAGGCUGUGUCUAAACAGCGGCUACAGCUACGGCUAGAUCGUGUGCAUCUGGCUAUUCUUCAACAUAGACGGACGCACUGAUCUAGUCAUAGCUGCCCCCUUCUCUGGCUAAGGUUGUUUCCGAAAACAGGACUACGGCUACAGCUACGGCUAAGUCACGCACGUCUGCCUAUUCUUCAACACUUGAAGACUCGCUGAUAUAGCUGUAGCCAAAGUCGCUGUUUCGGACACGGCUAGUGUUGAUUUUUAUGAUCCGAAUCUUGACUUUGAAUCCAAGAUGGCAUACAGGGUAGCCAAGUCCAUCCAAGUCUAGUGCCGUCCGAUAUACUAAUCUGAGGCAAAUGUACAUACACUAAGUAUCUAGAGUGUAGAAUGAUAUGCAGUACAUGGUCAUCUUGAUUUAUAAAUAUCUAAUAAGAGUUAACUUUAGAGGAAGUUUUUUUUUAAUAAGUCUGCACAUUUCAUAAAAGUUGGUUGGUGCUUCUACCAUUAAUGGAAUAUUUUAUGAACAGUAUUUUAUAGAUUUUAGGAUUUUAGAUUGAAUGAAGAUCUUUGUAUCUGAUGAAGUCUUGUGAGGAUGUUCAGAUGGAGGUAAAACUUGUAAAUCUUCUUUAUGGACGAUCCUUUAUACCUUAUGUCUUACCCCCCCCCCCCCUCCCUCCCU